UUCUUUUCUCUUUUAAUGACAGUAGAGCUGAAGAAUCCUUCUUGUCACCAGGCAUUCACCUACACUGCUGUUUGGGUACUGCUGCUGGGUUACCAUGGCAAGGAUUGGGUACCAUGGCUGGGUUGCCAUGGUGAAGAUUGGAUACCAUGCCUGGGUUGCCAUGGCGAGGAUGGGGCUCUUGCCCAGGUCAACAGGAACACCAGGUCAGGGUGUUCUUGCAGUCCCAGCAUCGGACAGCUCAGCCCUCCUUCAGAUGUCCUGAAUGAUGCAAUAUUUGAUGAAGAUCAUGAUGAGAUGGUGAUUGUGAAGGACAUUGAUAUGUAUUCCAUGUGUGAACAUCACCUCGUUCCCUUUGUCGGAAAGGUCCACAUCGGCUACCUCCCUAACAAGCAAGUCCUCGGCCUCAGCAAACUGGCGCGGAUCGUAGAAAUCUAUAGCAGAAGACUACAAGUGCAGGAGCGCCUCACCAAGCAGAUCGCCGUGGCCAUCACCGAAGCUUUGCAGCCGGCGGGCGUGGGUGUGGUGGUGGAGGCCACACACAUGUGCAUGGUCAUGCGAGGGGUGCAGAAAAUUAACAGCAAAACCGUGACCAGCACGAUGCUCGGCGUCUUCCGGGAGGACCCCAAGACCCGCGAGGAGUUCCUCACCCUCAUCAGAAGCUGAGCGCGGCGCGGCGGACCCCACUGCGUGGCGCUGUGUCCUCGGCCUUCGUGCACAUUCCACUUCCAGAUGUUACAGAUGUGAACUUGUCACUAAUUGUAUUUAAGAGUUAUUUAUAGGUCAAAUAAAGAUAAUUACUAAAGA